UUUAUAUGACGCUUGCUUUUAUGUACGUCGGUUUGUUUAGCUUAUCACCGGCUGCUAUAUUUUGACUAGGCCUAUAGCCGUUUACCUCACAUUCGAAUGAGAACCCGUUAACUACACGAGGACGAAAACGAAGCAAUUUCAGUUCUGCUAACGUUAGUUCUUAAAAACGCAGUUCGUUUCAGCCUCCAGUUUCCAUUCACUCGAUUCAGUUUCCUUCCGCCGAUCUGACGCGAUGGCCUCUCAGAAUAUGGACCCCGCAGCAGCCUCGUCCACAGCAGCGCUGAAGGGCAGCGAAACUAGCGGAAGCGUGUCGAAAGGAUCCGUCACUAAAAGGCUUCAACAAGAGCUGAUGACGCUAAUGAUGUCAGGAGACAAGGGCAUAUCAGCGUUUCCAGAGUCUGACAAUCUCUUCAAAUGGAUUGGCACAAUAGAUGGAGCUCAAGGAACGGUUUAUGAAGGUUUGAGGUACAAACUUUCACUGGAGUUUCCUAGCGGGUACCCCUACAACGCCCCUCGGGUGAAAUUCAUCACUGCGUGUUUCCACCCAAAUGUUGAUGAGAAUGGCUUCAUUUGCCUAGACAUUUUAAAGGACAAGUGGUCUGCACUAUAUGAUGUCCGCUCCAUUCUAUUGUCCGUUCAGAGUUUAUUAGGAGAACCCAACAAUGAUAGUCCAAUGAACUCUACGGCUGCUGAACUAUGGGAUGAUCAGGAAGCCUUCAAAGCCCAUUUGAACGCAACCUACAAGAACUGACCAUGAACAUUAACGUCUGCCUCUUGUUUUAUCUGUCUGUUUUCUUGUUCGUAAUAAUGUAAAUUUUCUGUAAUGGGUCUCUGUAUAUUAUUUCCAUGUUGUAAUAAACUUGCCUGAAUAAAAUGCUGAUUGAAUUGAGUUUGUGUCC